UAUAAAUUUGAUUCAGAUAUUUAAUACGGAGAGGACACAGUUAUGGCACCGCCUUGAAGUAUCUGGAAGCAUCCAUCUUUCAUAGGGAUUAAGGUAUUCAAUAUUCCCUUCCUGUAAGCGAUCCAACUAAUCUCCCCACAAUUUCUCCGCCAUGAAACGCUCAAUCGAAGACCCACUGCCCGUCGCCAACACUUCCCUCAAAAAACCCGUGUUUUUAACCAAAGAACAGCGCCAACAAUUAGCCCUCGACCGCCGCCAAGAAGAAGGCCAACAACAAAAGCUCCGUCAGCAGCAGCUCAUCUCCCAGCUCCGCUCCUCCAACACCAACACCAACGACCCUGACCACAAUUACAACACCACCCAGAAAUCCUCCGACCGUGAUGCCCACCGUGACCGGGACAGGGAUCGUGACAGAGAACGCGACAGAGACCGUGACCGUGACAGGGAGCGUGACCGUGACCGAGACCGUGACCGGGACCGCUCCUCACGCCGUGACCGGGAGCGAGAAGAGGAGGUGAAGCUGAGAGAUCGUGCCCGCGUGGAGAAAUUAGAGGAGAGAGAGCGUGAGAAGGAGUUGGAUUCAAUUAAAGAGCAGUAUUUAGGGUCUAAAAAACCUAAGAAGAGGGUCAUUAAACCCAGUGAGAAAUUUCGAUUUUCCUUUGAUUGGGAGAACACUGAGGAUACUUCUCGUGAUAUGAAUGCUUUAUACCAAAACCCUCACGAGGCCCAGUUGCUGUUCGGCCGAGGGUUUCGAGCCGGUAUGGAUAGAAGAGAGCAGAAAAAACUUGCUGCCAAGAAUGAGAAGGAGAUGAUGGAAGAGAUCAGGAAAAAAGAGGGGGUCGAAGAGAAGCCCGAGGAAGCCGCAGCUCGAAAGCUCAAGGAGGAAGCGGCGGAUUUGUACGAUACUUUCGAUAUGCGAAUUGAUAGGCAUUGGUCUGAGAAGAAGCUUGAGGAGAUGACUGAGAGAGAUUGGAGGAUUUUCAGAGAAGAUUUCAAUAUUUCUUAUAAGGGUUCCAGGAUUCCUCGACCAAUGCGAAGCUGGGCUGAGAGUAAAUUGACUACUGAGCUUUUGAAGGCUGUUGAUAGAGCUGGGUAUAAGAAGCCGUCUCCUAUUCAAAUGGCUGCAAUUCCGUUGGGAUUGCAGCAGCGCGAUGUCAUUGGGAUUGCUGAGACUGGUUCUGGUAAGACUGCUGCUUUUGUUUUGCCUAUGUUGACUUAUAUUUCCAGGUUGCCUCCUAUGAGUGAGGACAAUGAAGCUGAGGGUCCUUAUGCUGUUGUUAUGGCGCCUACUCGUGAAUUGGCGCAGCAGAUUGAGGACGAGACUGUUAAGUUUGCUCAUUAUUUGGGGAUUAAAGUGGUGUCUAUUGUUGGUGGGCAGUCUAUUGAGGAACAAGGUUUUAAAAUUAGGCAAGGGUGUGAGGUUGUUAUUGCUACUCCUGGUCGUUUGAUUGAUUGCUUGGAGAGGCGGUAUGCUGUUUUAAAUCAGUGUAACUAUGUUGUUCUUGAUGAGGCUGAUAGAAUGAUUGAUAUGGGUUUUGAACCGCAAGUUGUGGGUGUAUUGGAUGCAAUGCCUUCGAGCAAUUUAAAGCCAGAAAAUGAAGAUGAAGAGCUUGAUGAGAAAAAGAUUUACCGUACUACUUAUAUGUUCAGCGCUACUAUGCCAUCUGCUGUGGAGCGCCUUGCUAGGAAGUAUUUAAGAAACCCUGUUGUAGUCAACAUUGGUACUGCUGGAAAGACCACAGAUUUAAUAUCACAGCAUGUAAUCAUGGUGAAGGAAUCAGAGAAAUUUUACAAGUUACAAAGACUGCUUGAUGAAGUUGGAGAUAAGACGGCUAUGGUGUUUGUUAACACUAAAAAGAACGCAGAUAAUGUUGCCAAGAAUUUGGAUAAGGCGGGAUACCGUGUGACAACUCUACAUGGUGGGAAGUCCCAGGAGCAAAGAGAAAUUAGCCUUGAAGGAUUUAGGACCAAGCGAUAUAAUGUACUAGUUGCGACGGAUGUUGCUGGUCGUGGUAUAGACAUACCUGAUGUUGCCCAUGUCAUUAAUUAUGAUAUGCCUGGGAAUAUUGAAAUGUACACUCACCGUAUUGGACGAACAGGGCGUGCUGGAAAAUCAGGCAUGGCUACGACAUUCUUAACUCUCCACGACACUGAGGUAUUUUAUGAUCUUAAGCAGAUGCUAAUUCAGAGCAAUAGUCAUGUGCCUCCUGAGUUGGCCAAACAUGAGGCUUCAAAGUUUAAGCCAGGAGGUAUUCCUGAUAGACCUCCUAGGCGAAAUGACACUGUUUUUGUUCACUGAGAAUUUGAACAUCUGGAAGACUACUAAACAGCAGGUGCAGUGGUUGGUUUAUUGGUAGCUGAAAUGUUGUUGAUUGAGGCUGCACUCGGAAAAUGUCUGUUUAUCUUGGAAACAACUAUUUAGACUUUAUUUGUGGAAGUGACAUCCUCAAAAAUUCAUUUCGAGACAGUGGGAUUACAGAAAAAGAGAUUCAUUCAUGAUCGAAAUGGAUUUACGGCUUAGAGAUUUUCAUGGUAGCUAUUGACCAUUGGUGAUGUGAGGCAUUCUACAGAAGGUUUGAGACCUCAUAUUUUGCUCUUAUUUGUGGUAGAAUUGAAAUUUGAACAUGAAUAUCCUGGUCAUGUAUUGAUGCUUUUGCAUUUCUUUCUUGUAUCUUUAUGAACUAAAAUAAUCAUGCUGACUGUGAAGGUGCAAAUAUUAUAUUCUUUCUUCUA